AUGUUAAGGAACUGCCACUAUGAAGUGACCAAGUGUAAUAGGGCUGAGAUUGCACUAUCGUUGCUCCGGGAAAACAAGAAUGGAUUUGACAUUGUUCUAAGUGAUGUACAUAUGCCAGACAUGGAUGGUUUCAAACUUCUUGAGCACAUUGGUUUGGAGAUGGACCUGCCUGUUAUAAUGAUGUCGGCGGAUGAUAGUAAGGAUGUGGUUAUGAAAGGAGUUACUCAUGGUGCAUAUGAUUAUCUAAUCAAACCGGUGCGGAUUGAGGCACUAAAGAAUAUUUGGCAGCAUGUUGUUCGUAAAAAUAAACAUGAGUGGAAGGAUAACAAUUUCGAUCAAUCAGGAAGUGUGGAAGAGGGAGAUCGGCAGCAGAAACCAUCAGAAGAUGUUGAUUACUCAUCUUCAGCUAAUGAAGGAAACUGGAAAAACUCUAAGAAAAGAAAGGAAGAGGAAGAAGACACUGAAGAUAGGGAUGAUCAAUCCACACUAAAGAAGCCACGUGUCGUUUGGUCAGUGGAGCUUCAUCAGCAAUUUGUACAAGCUGUGCAUCAACUUGGAAUUGACAAGGUCGUUCCCAAGAAAAUCUUGGAACUGAUGAAUGUUUCUGGACUAAACAGAGAAAAUGUUGCUAGCCACCAUCAGAAAUAUCGGUUGUAUCUCAGAAGGUUGAGUGGUGUAUCACAACACCAAAAUGGACUGAACAACUCUUUCAUGGGACGCCCAGACCUUUAUAGCAAGACCCAAAAACUUUCUUCAACACACAAUAGUGGACAAAACAGAAAUGCUCCUAUUGGGAAACCAAUGUACUCCAAUGGGGAAGAAACUGGACACUCUAAUCCUAUGGGUGGACAACAACUUAACUCUGUUGGUGGGAAUAUGCUUGCUGUUACAGCCGAAAGAUUUCCCGACGCAGACUAUCAGAAUACCAUUUUCCUGGAGCAAUUUGGACAGGAUGACCUCAUGAGUGCCUUCCUAAAAUAGCAAGGAAGUGUUGGACCAGUUGAAACUGAAUUUGGCUUCAAUGGAUACACGUUGGAUAAUCUUCCGGUUUAAGAUGUGAACAAAGCUUAGUUGUUGAUGUACCUGACAGUUUAAACAUAUAAUUUAAAGACACCAGUGUACAUAGUUGCUGUUACACCUGAAAAUUCCUGGUGAACCAAAAUGAAGGAGUCUCGGUUUUUUCUUCAGCUAGAAAACUUGGAUUGUGCUCUAAGAAGGCAGUAGCUGUUGGAUGGGAAGUAUGAAUAUCAGAUAGACCACAGAAGGGAAUAGACUUAGCUGUUUGAUAAUACUACUGCAUGGUGCGCCAAAGGCAAACAUGCAAAGUUUUUGCUGGUAUUAAUAGGUGAUUUUAGGAGAAUCACAUUUCUUGGGUGCAAACAUUAGGUGCAGGGAUUUUCAUAAACAGGACGGUCAAGUUCUAACUUCAAUAAUGCAAUCUUUUCCCU